UGCCAAGAUGAUGUUGGCUCUCCACCAGGCGGGCUGGCGUUCGCUGGGCCGCUGCGCGCAACCCAAUGUGUCACCAUGAUGGAUCCCUUCCAGCGCAAGUACGGCAAAGGCCUGACGGCCGUCUUCAGCUGCACCUCGCUCUUCCUCGACAUCUUCUGGGUGCCCGGCACCCUCACCAGCCUGGGCGUGACCAUGAGCGUGGUCCUGGACAUGUCGUUCAGCGUGUGCAUCUGGAUCUCGGCUUGCGUGGCCAUCCCGUACACGCUGUUGGGCGGCCUCUACUCGGUGGCCUACACCGACGUCAUCCAGCUGCUCCUCAUCUUCUUCAGCCUGGUGGCAAACAACCCGUCACCCCUCACUCACUCACAGACUGACCUGUCCAAUCCUCACGUGGCGCCCAUCGGUUCCACGAUGAUGAACAACACACUGCACGCGCCCUGGAUCGGCGACUGGAACGUCAGCAACAUAUGGAUCCUCAUGGAUAGCUACCUCUUCUGGUGUGAAAGGGGUUUUCGGCCGGUGCACGUUUUGUCUUCAGACUGGAACGCGACAUCAUACGGUUCUCCGUCCCCUUUUGAACGUGACGAGGCGGCGCUGGUUCUUCCCCUGGUGCUGCAGACCCUGACGCCGUCGUACGUCUCCAUCAUGGGCAUCGGGUGCGUCGCCGCCGCCGUCAUGUCGUCGGCCGACUCCGCCCUGCUGUCUGCCGCCUCCGUCUUCACCGCCAACCUCUACAACAACAUCCUCAGGCCGCAGGCGUCGGAGCGUGAGCUGCAGUUGGCCAUCCGGGCGACAGUGGUGGUUGUGGGCGUGGUCGGGACGGCGCUGACCCGCCUGAAGACCAGCGUGAUCCUCUUCUGGUUCGCGGGUGCCGAGAUUGCCUACAACGUGGUUUUCCCGCAGCUGCUCUGUGCUGUCUUCUUUCCCGGCACCAACAUGUACGGCGCCAUCCUGGGCGGUGUGGCGGGCUUGGCGGUGCGCACGUUGAGCGGUGAGCCCCUGCUGGCCCUUCCGCCUGUGUUGCGCUUCCCGGGCGGCAUCUGGGACCACCGUGCUGGCGUCUACGUGCAGUACUUCCCCGUCAAAACCUUCGCCAUGCUCUGCUCUCUGGCUUCCAUCUUGUUCUUCUCCUUCCUGGCAUCCCGGAUCUUCCGCCUGCUUCCUGCUGCCUGGGACAUUUUGCACGUUUUCCAGAAGCCCACCCCCACCCUCACCCAGGAAACUGCGUGCGCAGAGAACACCCCCGACGCCGCCGGGCCCAUGUUGACCACUGACUGCUGAGUCAGACGACUCCAAAUUAAAUUGAUUUUCUUGCCAACACACACACACACACACACACACACACACACACACGACAUCUCGCGGUGCCAUUGAUGCUCACCCAUUGCUAAAUCAAUAAACAGGAAAUGCUUGCAAUCCAAUCGCCUUUAUUGACAACAUUCAUGAACACACACUGCGCCUUUGCAACUUGCUCCCAACGUCUCACGUCCAUUUGUUAAGCAGAGAUCAAAUCAAGAAACCAUGCUAAUAUGCGACAUCGGCCUGUGAUGUCAUCAUCAGGGGACGCACGCUGUCCACAUAGUUCAGGGGUGGGCAAACUUUUGUGCCGUGUUUGUUUUUUAAACAGACAAGCCAGCUCCCCUAUUCAUAGAUUCCAUUUUUCUGUCUUAGUUGAAAUGUGGAUGUAAAACAUCGAGAAGAGAAAAUUUGGAAACAAUGACAUUGUGUGUCCUUUUUAAAUCAGUAAAUUAAGUCAGCAAUGAUUG